UUUCGUGCAGUUCAUUGUCGCCAGUAUUUUGUAGAACGGAGUCAGUAGGUUGUGGCCCUGCUCCAGGUGCUCGUCGUUCACAUACACGCAGUCUCGUGCACACACUCUUCGGCGGACAACCGACACGCGAAUUUAUUCGUUUCACGACACUUCUCUCGUACGCCUCUCGCCGUAUACACCACGCUUGUACUUCAUAACUGAACCUAUUAUUUUUUUUUUAUUUUUUUUUUUUCAUAAACCGUUUGCCUUAAUAACCACCGCCGGUUUAGUGUAAUGUGCAAUUAAUAUAGUACGCGAACCAAAUCGUAAUCCAAUUUUCUUACUGUUAUCUGUAUAACGAGAAUAUAGCCUGAAGAACAAUGAAGAGUCUCGGAUUUACCGAGUACCUUGCCAUUUGUUGGUGUCUGUGCCAAUGUUUGAUAUACCAUGGCGCGUCCGGAGCCAGGGAUUCCGGGUGCCCCAGAAUAUGUCCGCAGGGGAGUUCCGAGGAACCGGUGUGCGGUUCAGACGGUGUAAUCUAUCCGAACGAGUGCGAGCUGAAAAAGAAGACUUGCGGCAAAGGCAUAACCGUAGCGGACAGCCCCACGCAGUGUCUGCGUGCCUACGGAUCGAGUUGCGAACACCGUUGCGGCAAGGAACAGGACGCGGUGUGCGGCACCGACGGCCGGACGUACCUGAACAGGUGCAUGAUGCAAGUGGAAAUUUGUAGGGUCGGCACGUCGAUGUCGCACUUGGGACCAUGCAGCAACAUAUCGGCCCACAGGGAAAACUGCCCGGUGAACUGCGACCAGGCGCCCAUGGACGGUCCGGUUUGCGGGUCCGACGGCAACGUCUACAGGAACACAUGCCAGAUGAAACUGUUCACUUGCGGACAAGGAGUGGUCAGGACGUCCAAAAAACACUGCCAAACGACCAGGCACUGUCGGGAGUCAUGUUGGCGAGUGUCGAAGCCCACUUGCGGCUCGGACGGAAACAUCUACAGCAACGCGUGUCGCAUGAAGUCAAAGAACUGCGGCAAGCAUGUGUUCGAAGUACCCAUGGCAUUCUGUUUGAGCCAAGAACGUAACCGGGUGGGCUCGGCCAACGCGUGUCCCGUGAACUGCGACAAGGAGAAGGAAAGGUUAACGUGCGGCUCGGACGGCCACGUGUAUCGCAGCGAAUGCGAGAUGAAAAUGCUCAACUGCGGGCAACAGACCAAGAAGAAGGUGACCAAAGUAGACUUGGAGAAGUGCAGGUCCAGGAUUAACAAAUGCAACAAAGUACAAUGUCCCGACGAAGCGGACCCGAUCUGCGGAAACGACGCGCAGACGUACAAGAACCAAUGCCAACUAGACCAAGCCACUUGUUUGAGAGGAAUACAAAUGGCACAUUUAGGCAAGUGCUCGUCGCUGUUGUCCAACGAAAAAUGUCCGCAGAACUGUGAAAACGAACGCGAAGAACCGGUGUGCGCUUCGGAUGGCAACGUGUACAGGUCGGAGUGCGAUCUGAAAAUGAACACGUGCGGGCAAAAAGUCGUGCCCGUGCCGCCGCACCACUGUCCGACAACGGCCUCGUGUCACCAACAAUGCGACAAAACCAAAGAUUUCGUGUGCGGAUCGGACAACAAACUGUACCGGAACGAGUGCGAGAUGAAAAAGGAAAACUGCGGGAAACACGUGUAUGUGGUACCCAUGAAGAGGUGCCUGACAGGAUUUCAGUUCAAAGGAUGCCAACGGGUAUGCCCAACACUGUAUGACCCAAUCUGCGGAACCGACUUAAAGACAUACAGCAACGACUGUUUCUUGGAAAUGGAAAAUUGCCGGUCCCGCUCGUUGGUCAGCAAACAGUAUCACGGUGUUUGUGGACAACCCACCGAAGAACCUAAAAACUAUCUGUACUGAUCCUAUAAAUUAUAUGCGUCGACAUAUAUAUAUAUUUAUUUUAAUUAUUAUUAAUAUUAUUUUUACAUUUAACGAUUUAUAUAGGUCAUGUUUUUUCUCCUUUUCUAUUAAGUUUAUAUUUUAAUUUAUUAAAAUUAUUCUUUAAGGCAACUAUCUGACAUAAUUUUAUAUUAGAAACAUGUGUUAAUUGUGCGGGACAUAUUACAUUGGAUAGUUAUAUGAAUGUUGCCGCCCAACACACAAUAAUGCUGUUGCUUAAAGUGUUUAAAUGUAAAUUUUAUAAAGUUAAAUUUAUAGUUUAAUUAACACAUAUUUCCCUCCUCCCAAUAUUCUAGGAUUUCUUACAACAUAAAAAAAUGUUUCUUUUUUUUUAUAUAUAUAUGCAUAAUUGAGCAAUAUGUUACAAAAAUCAAUCAAAUUUGAAUGUAUUACCUGAUACUUAGGUUAUAGGGAAUCGCAUUUUAGUUAUAAGAUUAUUUAUUAUUUAAUUUAUUUACUGUGCUGUCAAAUAACUAUAAUUCAGCACCGGCCUGACCAGUUAUGUGUCUUAACUGAUUCAAAUAUAAAAAGUAAUAAGUGCCAAUACAUAUUAUAAUAAAAUUAAUUAUUUAUAUAACUUUGAAUUAAAUAUAGAAAUGGUAAUUUAAUUUAUUAGUUUUGUUUGUUUGUUAUCAUCAAAUAUUUUUGUCCUAGCUCAUUUUUGACCGUGUAAAAAGUUUAUUUUUUAGCAUACUACAAUAUUAGACCAGUUUAUAAUAACAAUA